GGUAAUAGAUUUUCUGAUAUUAUCCGAGAACGGAGAAGAUUCGAACAACUGUUUCUACGGAUUUCAUUCUUUUCAAAAUAACAGGAAAGAUAUUAUCAUCAUGUCUGCUGGAAUGACUACAAUGAAAUCAAAGAUGCAAACAGAGUACGGUCCAGAUUCAGGCGGUCGUAUAAAGGGUAUUACAAUAAUCAAGCCCAUUGUAUAUGGCAACAUCUCGCGCUACUUUGGAAAGAAACGAGAGGAGGACGGACAUACUCAUCAGUGGACUAUUUACGUCAAGCCUUACAGGAAUGAGGAUCUAUCAACGUAUGUGAAGAAAAUUCAAUUCAAACUGCACGAGAGCUACGCUAACCCUCUUCGUGUUGUCAGCAAACCACCCUAUGAAGUAACAGAAACUGGCUGGGGAGAGUUUGAGAUUACCAUCAAGAUCUUCUUUGUUGACCCAAAUGAGAGACCAGUAACAGUGUACCACUUUCUAAAGCUGUUCCAGUCCAGUGCAGGUCUUGUUCUUGGGAAGAAGACCCUCUUUUCAGAGCAUUAUGAUGAAUUGAUAUUUCAAGACCCUACUGCCAUGAUGCAACAACUGUUAACAGGAACAAGAGCUUUGACGCUGGGAUCGUAUAAACACGAAACAGAUUUUGAAGAGAAUGAAGGCAAGACGGUGGCAUCUUUGCAGUCGGCGCGGAAGAAGAUCCGCCACGAGAUCCAAGACCUCAACGAAAGAUUAAAACAGAGCAAGGAGGCCAUCGCUCACUUCAAGGAGGAGAUCCGAAAACUGGAGGAGUCUGAAAUGAGCAAAGACAGAGAUUGAUUACUCCGUAAUGGAGGACAAACUGAAAGACAUGAACAGAAUGAACACAGAGCAUUGUGACCCAGUGUUCCCAUCCUUGUGAUAAGGACAGUAGCUCUUACUGCACCAGCCAGGUCUUUUCCAUGUGCAAGGUUUUCAGGCAGGUGUAAUUUGCCUUCUUCUGUGUGGUCUCCUUCCUUCAGUCCUGAAGAUUCUUGCAGAACUUGGUGGAGUGUGUGUCACAAGGAUCAUAGAGUGGAUAUGCCAAUUACAUACAUGCUGCAAAGUACGAACUGGAAUGGAUCUAGAUGUUGUUGACUUUCAUCAGUUGGAGACGAAAGACUUGGCUGAUUGUGCUGUCACAAUAUUUGCUGGGAGAGUUCCACACCUACCUUUAUGGUUCUGGGGAAGGAUUAUUGAUAUUGUUGGGUCCGCGAUUAUGGCAGCCCUCAUCGUAAGACAUCAGAAGGACAGGGCCAUAGGUGAAUUUCUGCAAGGUUCUGUUAGUCAAUACCCAAGUCCCAAAUCAUUAGAUUUACAAUAAUGGUAACCUCGCCAUUAGGGAAACUGAUGGGAAUCUCGGUUGUGUUUUUCUAUUGAGCCCUGUGACCAACAUUAAAUACCAUUAUAUCAGACUUAUGAAAUGGACCCCCAAUGUUUUGGCAUCUCAUAAAUUUUUAUCAUACCCAAUUAGGUUUUUCUGGGUCUCACACAAGGCGCUCUUUUGUGAGCAGUCACAUCGGCCAUACUGACUCCAGGCUGACAAAUUUUUUAACAUAAUUUCCAAUGAAAUACCAUCGGUUGGUCACCAGACAGUAUAGUUGGUAUCACCGUAGCAUUAAUACCCUGUGACUUUCAAGCCCUCUUGAGUUGCUGUGUCGCAUCUCGACCCCUCCUUGUCACAUGAUUAUACCAUCUGAUAGAGUCUUGCAAGACAAUCUUUGCAUUUACAAAGAGUUGCAAUUGAUCUGAUCAUCCACAACUAUGGAAAGCCAGCAUUGUCAUUGUCUAAAUUUGUUCAAAAUGUUUUCUAAUAAUUAUGGUGAAUAUACAUACACUCACCAUUGCAAAUUCAGUGUCCUCCUCUUUGUUUACAAAAGGUUAUUGUGCGAAUUUCCUGUUGGAAAAAUUGUGACAUUGAUAAAUUUCUAUAUAUUGUGAGGUCGUUCAGAUUAGUCCUAACUCUUUGUAGGAUGAGACCCUUGUGUGCACCCAUGGGUAUAGCUUUCCUUGUCUUAGAUUAACACAAGCAAGCCCAGGUAGUUAUUAGGCAUCAGGAUUCGAGCAUGCCAUAUGAGGUCCUUGUGACUCUGCUCUGAAGAUCAUUUUACAGUUCUUUGGGUUAAGGAAUAACAUCAAAUCUUGAGUUGUAAUGAAGGACAUGCACUACACGAGAGAGAGAUAUUAAUUGCAUUCCACUUCACAGAAUUUCCUAUUACAGUCAGCCAAUGGUAUAAUGCGUGGUUUGUACUCGUGUCCCUGUAAAUUCUCCAAAGUAUGUAGUAAGCUAGGGAGAAAGAUGAAGGCUUAAACGAUUCAAGAGAUAUAAUCUAACUGUUCUUCGUUUUAUAUGCCUCUCCAUUGAUGGUGAUACAGCUGGUAUAUUACUUUUGCAACUUUCCAUUCUUGCAACAACUUGAGAAUCAUUUGAUGUACAUUAUCUGGCUUACCUUAAUUCACCUCAUUUCAAAGAGGUGUUUGCCAAUUUAUUAUCCUGUGCAAGUCAUUACAAUGCUGUAAUGAAAAAGUGUCCCAAAAUGAUUUUGUAAUAAAAUAGCAAAAUGA